AUACGUCUUUAGGGUUUUCAUUCUUUCUCAAGACUUCACCGCAUUUCCACUUCUCUGAGGCCACGGCAGCCAUUGGAGCAGCUCAAUAAUCCUUUUCCCUUGACUCCCUACUACGGAAUCAUGGCUGUUGAAAUUGAUGUGGUAAACCAGGAAUUGACCCAGUCUCAUCACGAUGUGAAGCUGUUCAACCGGUGGACCUUUGAUGAUGUCCAGGUGAAUGACAUCUCUCUGGUUGAUUACGUUGGGGUUGCACCUGCCAAGCAUGCCACCUAUGUCCCCCACACUGCUGGGAGGUACUCUGUCAAGCGUUUUCGAAAAGCUCAGUGCCCAAUUGUGGAGAGGCUCACAAAUUCACUUAUGAUGCAUGGGAGGAACAACGGAAAGAAACUUAUGGCUGUUAGGAUUAUCAAACACGCAAUGGAGAUUAUUCAUCUUCUAACCGAUCUCAACCCAGUUCAAGUCAUUGUUGAUGCUGUUGUUAACAGUGGGCCACGUGAAGAUGCUACUCGAAUUGGUUCAGCUGGUGUUGUUAGGCGUCAAGCUGUGGACAUAUCGCCUUUGCGUCGUGUUAACCAAGCAAUCUAUCUUCUUACAACUGGUGCUCGUGAGGCUGCCUUCAGGAAUAUUAAGACUAUUGCAGAAUGCUUAGCGGAUGAACUUAUUAAUGCAGCAAAGGGUUCCUCAAACAGUUACGCAAUCAAGAAAAAGGACGAAAUUGAGAGAGUUGCAAAGGCUAAUCGUUGAGGUUAUAUUUCAUGGUUCGUUUUAUGUGGCAUAGCAAGAGUUUUAUGUUCUUUUUCUUGUGUGUGGCCACAUUCUUCUAAUGAACACUUUAGUGUCAGAUUCUAUUUUUGGUUUCCAUGUUGGGACAGUUCAUAUCUACUUGUUUUCUAGGCUUUUUGAAGUUUUGAUAUCAUUGUGUUUUUCAUCAGAAUUAGCUAUUGCACGAUGUAUUUUUUAAAGUUCUAGUGUACUCUUAAUUAUAUCUGUCUGUGUUAUUUGGUUUAUAGGUCAAUUUUUUUUUCUAA